AGUUACUGACUCAAGGUGGCAUGGUAGGUCUGAACGUUUCCGCCCAGCCCCACGACGUCGCACAGGACUGCAGAGAUGUGUGCCUCAUAGUGGUUGGGUGCGGGCGUGACGCGAGGGAACUUGCCCGUCGUCGUUGCGCUGCGCAUGGCAGGCUGUUAGUACUUUGGACAGGGACGCCUCCCGCUGGCAGUUACCAACCAUCCAAAUUCACGUGGUGUCCACCGCCAACUUCUUUGUCCGAGCCGUGGACCUCUCGCAUCGUCUCCUGCACGCCGCGAGCUGACAUAUUGCGAGAGGUCGUCUAUGACUGCGCUGGGGAAAGGCCGCGAAAAUGGUGCAAACGUGGAGCUGACGUUGUGCUUUUAGAUAAAACUCACACCUAUCAGAUUGCCGAAGCCAACGGCGAGAAUUCGCUUAGUGGGCUUCGUGUACUCCAGGGGGGCAAGGUGAUCUGGGAGAUCACAGGUUGUGUAACGAUUGUCGGUCCUGGCUGCGAUGUUGAGCGCGUUCCUGUAGGAGUACAGAACCAAUAUGCAAUGCCAAUCCCACUGCACACGAACACGGGCAUCGUAUGCUGGACGUUGUAUUUUGCCAUAGUUUGUAUCCUUGCACUGCAUGCGGAGUCCAGCGAUUUCAAUACUUACAGGGGGCUUCCUUUCUGGAGAUCGCCUUUAUGGGUUGGCUAUGGACCUUUUGGUUACCACUAUGUGAACGAUAUGGUUUCGCCAUCUGCCUGCGGCCGCUAUGUUGGUCGGACGUGCCGUGUGCUAGCCGCUGUUCUGUGGGUCGGACUGUGUGUGACGCUGGCCACGCUGCCAGCUCGUCCCGAUCGUUUCCUCACGUAUUUCUGGGUAGCUGGCAUCGGUACCGGCUUAUACUGUGCAGUUGGUGUUCCAGUACAUCUCGUGUUGGUGGGAAGAUUACCAGCUUAUUGGAGAUGGACGUGUCUAUUUGUGUUGUGCACAUUGGGGUCAUGGUUUAUAUUCUAUGGCUUGUGCGCUGUGUUCGUUGCCCUCGGCCGCAAGUUUCCGGCCGUAGCUGCCAUUUUGAUGCCCAUCGCCGUGUCUUCAACGGAAGGUCUGACUGUGAGGGUGCUCGCUUACGGGUAUCGCCACUACGCUUACAAGGCGAACGCCUCGGGUGAUCAAUCCACAAUUCUCACCUGCGCAUUAUCACUGAUACACGCGUUCUCUGAAGGGGCACGCUUAGCAGUCGUCAUCAUGAAUACUGUUCGGACGAACACGUACAUGUGGGUAUUGUCAAUUAUAUGUUCUUUAUUGUUGAAUUUGGCAACUCGCAUGGGAUGGACAAGACUUGCUGUCAUGCGGCUGCUGCAUCUUGUCAAGUCCGGGUCAUGGCAUAUCCUUCGCCCAAGUAUGUGCACCCUAGUACACACGCAAGCAAAAUUUCAGUUGGGUUAUGUACGUUUCACUGCACCACUCGCAAUCGGAUUCGUGCGUGGCAUUCUCAAAGGGCGAUCUCCUUUAUCCAACUCUUCAGCAGUCUUGGCGGUGGGUUUCGUUUUCAUGUUUGAGUUAGUAGAAGAUCUCAUUGUUUGGAAUGAGUGGCUUCCAUAUGCUAAGCCAUGCGACCAUUUCCCAGAAUAUUAUACAUGGUAUCGUAACAUUGGUCGCUUCGAUCCCCUCCAAAGCUACACCAUCACUUCAAAGCCACACUCCGGCACGUCAUUCGAUGAUGUCCAGGCCAGCAGUCUCUCAGUUGAGCCCGCUCCUGAGGAGGUGGUGAGUCGUCCAUUGCCGCUUCAUGGAGCACGCCGCCUGAGCUUCACGAUGCAUGUCAUCGCCGUGGCGCCCGCAGCCCUGUUUAUUCUCUGCGCUCUGCAGCUGUUUCUCGGAGCUGGCUAUGUCAGUGGGCGUUGCGAGAGCCCUCUUGAUGAUAUAUUGUCCCAAGCCUUUCUAGUGGCCAUGCAUGCGCCGUGCUAAUAAGUCUGCGCUAUUCUUGUCUUCAGGUAGUGGUCGCCAACGUCUCCUUCUUCGUCGCCUCUUUGCGGGCAUCACUUUCAUCCUUGGCGUUUCCUUGCCCCUGCUCGGCCGGCGUGGAACAUAAGGCACAACACACACAAGCUUUUGGAGGUCCGCCGCGACGUAACGAUGCAUUAGUUCUCUCCCUGUCGUCCCUUCCUCCUCGCCCACCUUGUCCUCUUUCUCCUUGCUAGGCGCCUUGAGGAGAACACAGGUUGGCGCGGGCAUGCCAGUGGAGUGUCGGGCUGUACCCUGUGGCACGCCAAAGCCGGCUUGGGUUUUCUUGUCCACCUGUAUUGUCCAUUCAGUUCUUUGCUGGGCGCCUUUGCAGAGUGUCACCCUCAGUGCGUUUCACACUACACUGAUCAAUUGUCCUGUCCAGCGCACUGCCGGGGAGGAGGACCCGCGGACCCGCGCCACCUCCCUGCGGCCGCUGUUCUCUGUUCUUGUAAACUAUAUGUAUAGCUACAAGAGUCAGCGAUGAGGUGUAUAUGUUCCUGUUCCUAUAUUUUUACAAGCCCGGGCGGGGGGGAAACCCAUCACCCCCCCCCCAAACCGGACUCCCGGGAUCUGGAUCUGGGGCUCUGGGACCCUUCGGACGGGCCUCGAAGCGGCCUUCCGGGCCUCGCAGGGCGUUUUGCCAAGCCUUCGCAGCAC